UUAUAAUAAUUAAAUUUCCUCAUGUCAGGUUUUUUGAUGACUAGACACAGACGUCCAUCGACACCUCUCUCUCUCUGUCUCUCUCUCUCUCCCUCUCUCUCUCUCUUUGAGGUUCAGGAAAUCAAAAAUAAUAUAUUUUGUGGACUGUGUGCUAAUUUAUUGUGUGAAAUAUCGUGGAAAAUUAUACAAUGAUUUUGAGCGAUUUAUGGUAAGAAGUGUUGAUCCCAUAAACAAUUUCGGCUUUUUAGCAAUGAAAUAAUCUGUAGUAUAACUACAAAUUCAAUCGUGAAUUAGACUGUCUAAAGAUUCGAGGAAAAACUGGUGAUCAUCGUACUGAUAAUGAUGAUAAAUUCCAAUUAUUUAAAAUUACAAUCCCUUUUCGAUUUACUGCUAUCCUAUGGAGACAUUGUUAUUCAGUUAAUUAUUUGAUUGACGCAUUCUUCUCCCCUUGGGAUGCCUAUCUUAUUUUCAUUGUCACGAGGGAAACGUGAUGACGAUUGUUAUGAUAAAUAAGAGAAGACAAUUGGUGCAAAGGGGAGGUGGCAAAAAUAACGAUAGGAGGUCAGUGGAGAAAUCCUUGCAGCAAAUGAAAAUAGUUCAUCACAUUUGUUUAAAGUCACGUUUUGAUCACGAUUUCAUCCGAUACCCCGGAACUUGACUCCAAUAUGUUAUGAUAUGGAGGGUCAUUUAGUUGACCCGCACGGUGAAGCAACAGAGAUAAGCGAGGAUCUUUAAUUUUGUCAGAAGACCGCUUUAUUUACUAUGGAUACUGUGACUGCUUAUCCCAUAUUGAAAUCAUUCCUCGCUGGUUCUUUCUCCGGGACUUUUUCAACAAUUUUAUUUCAACCCUUGGACCUCGUCAAAACGAGACUUCAGAGUUCAGUGGCAAACAAUUAUGUGUGUCCACCAAAGCAUCCAAUGCUGACCACAAUAAUUCACAUAAUCCAGAAGGAAAACAUCUUGGGAUUAUGGAGGGGCAUGACACCAUCUAUUACUAGGGUGAUCCCAGGAGUCGGCCUCUAUUUCUCCUCCAUCCACUAUCUAAAACACAGUAUGAACUUGCGAGAUCCACUGACACCCCUUCAAGCUAUUUCACUCGGGAUCACUGCAAGGACCAUGUCAGGGUGCCUAUUAAUCCCGAUCACUGUUGUAAAAACACGAUUCGAAAGUGGAUUCUACAAAUAUGAGAGUAUUGGCCAAGCCCUUAGACUGAUUUACAAGCAAGAAGGUAUGCGAGGACUCUCCAGUGGACUUGCUCCCACUCUCCUGAGGGAUGCACCUUAUAGUGGACUCUAUUUAAUGUUUUACACUCAAUUGAAAGAAGUGUCUUCUCUAGCUUUAGAUAAUAAAAAAAUGGUGACUGUAAACUUCGGCUGUGGCAUUUUGGCUGGAAUUUUUGCGUCCAUUGUGACACAUCCAGCAGAUGUUGUAAAGACCAAAAUGCAAUUAUACCCCCUCGAGUUUAAGAGCGCCUACAGUGGAUUUUUGUUUGUAUAUAAAAAAUAUGGAGUUCUGGGAUAUUUCAAAGGUAUCGUUCCCAGGAUGCUCAGGAGAACGCUCAUGACCACUAUGGCAUGGACUGUGUACGAGCAAAUUACGAGAACUAUUGGUCUCAAAUGAUUGGAAUGAGUCCAUCAUUAUUUUUAAAAUACUACCAGCAGUAUUAGGGACUUUCCAAUUUCUUGCAAUUCAGUCCUUCAUAUUAUGCCAAUCAAUUUUUAUGUACAUAUUUAUUCCAUUUAAUGUGCAGCAGCGUGAAGAAUUAUAUCUCAUUGGACUCCGAAUGCUGUGUAGAGAGAAAAAUCAAUUAAGUUUUCUUUAUUUUUUGUAUUAUUACGAUUAAGAUUGUUAUUGGGUGAGUAAUAAAUGAUUGAUUGAGUUAA